UGUAAGAAUAGCCAUUCAGAAAAAAAAAAACAAAUUAUUAGGGCGACUCUUUUAAUGUCUCGAUUUUAAUUAAAUAAUUAGUUUUACCUAAGAAAUCAUGGCUAACGAAACGCCAGAAAGUGAUUUCUCGAUAGAAUGCUUCCAAAACUACACGGCGCCCGAAGUGUUUGUGCAAGGGCUAGCGGGGAUGGUCGACCAAACAGACGUGGAAACUAUCAUCAGAGCACAGAAGAAUAUGCUUCAACGCUUUGAGAAGACAACGGAAAUGCUGACGAACUGCAACCACCUGUCAGCGAGCCGGCUCCGUGCUGCCUCCACGGAGUUCAGGAAGCAUACUCAACUGUUGCUGGAUAUGCGGAAGGAUCUGGAGUUUAUAUUUAAGAAGAUAAGGGCUAUUAAGACUAAGCUGAGCACACAAUACCCAGAAGCCUACAAAGCAGCCGUGAACGCGUCGCUAGCAAACAAAAAACCCAUAGAAGAAGAAGAAUUCAAACCGGAAGCGGAAACGCACACAGAACCCAAGAUGGUUGCCACAGUGUCCACGGAAACCUUGAAACCGACCGUCAGCGAAGAUAAAAAGAAAAAGAAGGAGGUUAAGAUAAAAACUCCUAAAGAGGAAGUUAAGAAGGUUAGGAGUAGCAGUUCUAGUGAUACUGAGAGUGCUAGUUCGGGUGAUGAUAGUAGUACGGAUACGGGAUGAGUUUAGUAAUAUUACAAUAUUGUAUCUUUAUUAAAAUGGUUAGUUAAAAUUAUGGGCGCCAUUUGCAAUACUUGAGUACUUACUUUUUGAGUAUGGUCAAAUAUGAGUAAAGGUUAGGGUCAUAGGGUCACUGCCACAGUUAUUGGCCACUCCUAACAAAUUAAAAAGAAACCAGCCAAGCAUUUGACGACCGGUCUGGCCUAGUGGGUAGUGACCCUGCCUGCGAAGCCGAUGGUCCUGGGUUCGAAUCCCAGUAAGGGCAUUUAUUUGUAUGAUGAUACAGAUAUUUGUUCCUGAGUCAUGGGUGUUUUCUAUGUAUUUAAGUAUUUGUAUAUUAUAUAUAUUAUAUCGUUGUCUGAGUACCCACAACACAAGCCUUCUUGAGCUUACUGUGGGACUUAGUCAAUAUGUGUAAGAAUGUCCUAUUUAUAAUUGUUAA